AUGGUUAGUAGGACAGGGGGUACCAUUGAUGAUUCACUCAUUGGUGGAAAUGCCUCUGCUGAAGGUCCUGAGGGUGAAGGACCAGACACCACUGCAAUCACUGUAAUAAUCCAUCAUCUGCAAGAAACUAGUUUCACAAAAGAAUCCUACAAAAAGUACCUCAGAGAAUACAUGAAAUCAGUCAAAGGCAGACUUGAAGAACAGGAGUCAGCUAGAGUAAAUCUUUUUAUGACCCGAGCUGCAGAACAAAUCAAACAUAUCCUUGCUAAUUUUAAAAGCUAUCAAUGCUUCAUAGGCGAAAACAUGAAUCCAGUUGGCGUGGUGGCUCUCAUGGACUUCUGUGAGGAUGGUGUGACUCCAUAUAUGAUUUUCCUUAAGGAUGGUUUAGAAAUGGAGAAAUGUUAACAAAUUCAGCUGAUUACUU